AUGUCUAUACCAAGAUUCCUAAAAGUAACAUAUGGAGCAUACGAUAAUUAUAUUCCAGUCAGUGAAUUAAGUAAAAAGUCAUGGAAUCAGCAGUACUUUGCCCUGGCAUUUCCCAAACCACCAAGGCCAGGAAAGAAACGGAGAUCAUUACCUUCUCAAUUACACAAUAAUACAGCUCCUGUAAUUGAUGAACAAAAAUUAGGAAUUCACAGACCACCAUUAUGGAUGCACCGUUCUCUGAUGAAAAUUCCUGACAGACCAUCAGUUUAUUUAGCUGCCAGGAAGGGCCUUCCGCCGAAAGUACAUCGUUCUGCCAAAGGAGAGUCCAAAGAAGCAGGCCUAUCCAAGACUUCGUCUUCAGAAAAACCGAAGAAAGAAGAGAAAGUGAAAAAAUGUGAAUCUGAAGAGAAAGGGAAGACAGUGUUAAAGGCAGUCAAGGAACAAAGUCCCAAACCAGUUGCCAAGAAAAGUUCAAAGGAUUUCCAGAAAGUCAAAGGGUCAACCUCAGAAUCUGAAGCUGAAAAGUCUGCUGAGAAGAAAGAACCCAAGAAAGCUAAAAAAUCACCUAAUGCUAAACGGUCAGCCUCAGAAUCUGAAGCUGAAAAGGCUGCUGAGAAGAAAGAAACCAAGAAAGCUAAAAAAUCACCUAAACGGUCAGCCUCAGAAUCUGAAGCUGAAAAGGCUGCCAAGAAGAAAGAAACCAAGAAAGAUCAAAAAGCACCAAAGAGUAAAGGGUCAGGCUCAGAAUCCGAAGCUGAAAAGGCUGGUGGGAAGAAGGAAGUCAAGAAAAGUAAAAAGGAAUCAAAGGAUUCAAAAGAUACACUUGCAUUUUCAGAAGCUAACAAGGCUGGUGAAAAGAAAGGAAUCAAACUUAGCAAAAGGUUCUCUAAGAGCAAAGAUACACUCCCAGAUUCUGGAAGUGAGAAGGGAGAUUCAAAGAAAGCAAGAAAGAAAGAAGGCAAGAAGAAGGAAAGUCAUAAGAAGGCAGAUGGAGACUUUAAGGAAGAUGGUAAGAAAGUUAAGAAAGACAAGAAGAAAGACAAGAAAGACUCUGCAGGUGAUUCCUUAGAAUCAAAAAAGGAUGAAAAGAAGUCAAAGAAAGAGAAGAAGGCAAAGUAGGUGUUGGAUCAGAACUCAAGAUGAAGGAAAUGAACCCACUUCAGUAGUCUUAAAAAUGAACACAUGAGACAAAAAAAAAAAAAAGAAAAAAAAAGUGUACCGCAAUGUAAUCAAAUAAUUUUUAAGGAGAAGAAAAAAAUACAAAGUGAAAG